AUCAACAGAACCCCCCCAAAUUAAAUAUCUUCCACGAAACCAUCAUCUUACCAAAACACCAUCCCUCCUCCAUAUUUAGUUAAAACUCAAACUUGUCCAUUUCCCUUAAACAAGUUCCUCCCAUUCAAUCCUACUACUUGUUGUUGCAGGAUCUGAUUUUCAUGGGACGAUUACCCUGUUUCGAGAAAUCACAUACGAACAAAGGCGCCUGGACCAAGGAGGAAGACGACCGCCUCAUUGAUUAUAUACGUGUCCAUGGCGAAGGUUCUUGGCGUUCCCUCCCCAAAGCUGCCGGGCUGCUUAGGUGCGGUAAAAGUUGCAGGUUAAGAUGGAUGAACUACUUGAGACCUGAUCUUAAGAGAGGAAAUUUCAGUGAAGAUGAAGAUCAACUUAUCAUCAAGCUUCACAGUUUACUUGGAAACAAAUGGUCUUUGGGAGAUUACCGGGAAGAACAGAUAACGAGAUCAAGAACUACUGGAACACACACAUCAAAAGAAAGCUUGUGAGUGAAGGAAUCGAUCCCCAAACGCAUCGUCCUCUCAACCAAACCUCCAAUAAAAGCAGCACCGCUAAAGCCAAACCCGUCGCACCCAGUGAAUUGGAUUUUAGAAACGCGACCGCUGUUGCCAAAACCAUUUCCGUCACACCCAUACCUCUGGAUUUCAAAUACGGUGAGUUUCGAGUGAAGGUCAAAUCUGAGUCCAACUGUACUCGCAGUGGCGUGAGUACAGAUAAAGAACAACGGCACGAGUUAAAUUUGGAGCUUUCGAUUGGGAUUAGUUCAGCUGGAAAGAACUCAGCCAGCUCGGCCGAGUCCAAACGGAAGGUAGAUUUCAGCAACGAGUUCCGGUUUGCCUGAGAAGCCUGAGCCAGUCUGUUUGUGUUGGCAAUUAGGUUUUCAAAGAAGCGAAAUUUGUGGGAACUGUGAGAAUAUACAAAUGGGUUGUCUAGAUCUCUUCUAGUUCUACAGCUUUGAGUUCA